AUAAAAUGUUAUAAUACCUCUUUAAAUUACACUUUUACCUAAGCUUGAAUUUAGAUUUAAAAUCUCUUUAGGUAAAGUUACAUAAAUUUCUAGACUCACUAUCAAUUUUUUAGUAUUAUAAACGUACAUUUUCAAGUAAAAUAAUAUUCUUAAUUUUAUUAUUACUUCUCAACAAAAUGAAAACCAAAAUCACAAGUUUUUUAAAAAUGACAAGAACUAUGGAUCAAUCAUGUGUACGUAAGGCUACCACUUCAUCUACUGGGGCUUUAUUACCCGAACCACAAAAAAUUCCAUUUGGCCUUAUUGGUAUUAUUUGCACUGUUGUUCCGGGAUUAUUAAUUGGAGCAACUAUAAGUAAAUACAUGGCUAAUUUCCUCGAGGAAAAUGAGUUAUUUGUUCCAUCUGACGAUGAUGAUGAUGAUGAUUAAAACCUUAAGUUCAUUAUUUAUAUUCUAACUCUAUAUAUAAGUAUUACUUAAAACUUGCACUAUAGUUAUUACUCAUUACUAAUUUAUUUUGUUAUUAUGUUAUAGUUUAUA